AUGUUCUUAACUUCGAAACAUCCCCUUGAAGCUGGAAAACUUCUACAUGAUUUUCCUGAACCAAUAAAAUUGGUGGAAGACUUGCUGCUACCUUUGGUCUCUGUGAACCCCUCCAGUCAACCAAGUCUUACAUUUAAGCCUUGCCAGAAAGCUACAAAAUGGAAAGCCAUUCUUUGUUUUACAGACCCUGUUCCCUUCAAAGUGAUUGGAUGUGCACAAUGCUAUGAUAAUGCUAAGACUAAUGUUUACCUCCAGGCCUGCCAGAUGUUUUGGUUCCUUGGUUUAGUGCGCAAAUCCAGCCAGAAAAUUGCUCCUGCUAAGGAAACUGUGCAAAGCUUGAUUGCCAAAUUAUCCAGGGAUAAUUUCAAUAUUUUCAAAUGUUUUCAGAUCACUUUUGAUCAAUUAAAUGUCAAUGGUCAGAAAAAAUGGCAAUCAACUUUGGAAAUUUUCUGGCCUCAUAACAUUAGAGUGUCAGCCAUUUGUGAUACUCCACCUGGGGCUGAAUACAAAUGUCAUUUGCUGACCAUCAUCAAACUGAAACGGUUGGGAUUCCUGAAUGCAAGUAAUGAUGACAUCAAGCCAUAUUCCUUGAUUAAACUCCCUGUGGCUUUGAAUAAUAAUACAUUUGACUACCAUAUCUAUUUUGAUGCAUCCAAAAUUGGCUUUGGUGCAUAUUUGUUUUCUCCUGACAAUUCUGAUUCCUUUACUAUAACCAUAGAGCCUAACAAAUACGCAGUUACGUCCCUUGGUCUCGGUGCUCUUUUCCUCAUUGAGACAAUGGAACACCGCCAUGUUGGGUAA